AUGUCGGGUUACACAUCCUCGCGCCCAAGCAGCGAUGCCAACGUCGAAGCACCAUCACCUCCACCGCCUCAACAAGCACUAGCAGGCCCAACACCGCCUCCAAAUGGCGGACUCACAGCAUGGAUGCAAGCUUUCCUCUUGCUGAUCAUGGGCGUCUUCGCGGGACCGAUAUAUGAUCGGGGAUACCUACGUCUGUUGCUGAUCAGUGGGGCUUUCUUGGUGGUGUUCGGGCAUAUGAUGCUCAGUCUCUGCCAUGCAUACUGGGAAAUCAUACUCGCACAAGGUGUCGUGAUAGGUGUGGGGACUGGACUGCUAUUCGUCCCCUGCGUUGCGAUCAAUGCGCAAUACUUCAGCACAAGACUUGGGCUUGCGGUUGGCAUCGCUACAGCUGGAUCUUCACUCGGAGGAGUGAUAUAUCCUAUCGUGCUUUACAGAUUGAUCAACGAAAUCGGGUUCGCCUGGGCCGUACGGAUCGAAGGCUUUCUCGCACUGGCGACACUCCUCAUUCCGCUGGCUCUGCUGAAACUCCGAGUCAAGCCACCGAAAGUCAGAGCCAUCAUCGACUGGAGCGCCUUCGUCGAUGUGCAGUUCAUGAGCUUCGUCCUCUCCGGACUCAUUGCAUACAUGGGCAUCUUCGUGUUCUUCUUCUACGUCGCCUACUACAGCCAAGAUCAACACUUCCUCGGCACGGCGAUGUCGUUUUAUGUGGUACCGAUCUUCAAUGCGGCGUCGUGCUUUGGACGGAGUCUACCAAACGCGUUGGCAGAUAAGACCGGUUCGUUCAAUCUGCUGGCUCCGGGGACAUUCCUGGCUGGAGUGUUUAUGCUCUGCUUCAUGGCGGUCUCGUCUGGGGCUGGCAUCAUCGUCCUGGCGAUAUUCACGGGUUUUAUUAGUGGUGUCAUGAUUGGCAUGCCGCCGCUUUGCUUCGUGGCGAUGACGCCGGACAAGUCGAAGCUAGGGACGAGAAUCGGGAUGGGAUAUGCGAUCAUGGGGUUUGGAAUCCUCGCCGGUGGACCUGGUGGCGGUGGGAUCUUGGGGGAUAAGCCUCCUUUGGACUGGACGGGCAUUUGGACUUUUGGUGGUGUAUCGGCUUGUGUUGCUGGAUUGGGCUUUUGGGGGGUGAGAGUGAUUAAGUUUGGCUGGAAGGUCAACAAAAAGGCGUGA